UCUGUGUUACUAGUAGGCAAUGCUAGAAUGUUCGUGUGAUAAAUUACCAAAAAGGCUGUUAACUAAAAGAUUGUUAGCUCAAACUAUACACUGGACAAUCUUACAAACUGGAUGUUGCUGGAAUGUAACAUGUUCUGUAAAUCAGUACAGCGUGCCAAUAUGUAGUUACUGUAAAUCUGUCCUCUCAUCCAUAGAACUAAAGCAUGACCUCAGAAGAAAGCUUUUUGGGCAGCACAUCGCUGCUCAGGUCAUCCUGAAAGCUGUCACAGGCUUCAUGGAAAGUGAAAACCCAAAGAAACCGCUGGUUCUGUCUCUCCACGGCUGGACCGGGACCGGGAAGAACUUUGUGAGCCAGCUUAUAGUGGAAAAUAUUUACAGAAAAAAGAUGAGGAGCAACUUCGUUCAUCUGUUUACAGCGACAGCACACUUUCCUCACGAGGCUCACAUUAACAAAUACAAGACACAGUUACAGGAGUGGAUACGAGGGAAUGUUUCUAUCUGUCCACAUUCGAUGUUCAUCUUUGAUGAAAUGGAUAAAAUGCAUCUGGGGCUGAUAGACAUUUUAAGACCUUACCUGGACUUUUACGAACACCUGGACGGAGUAUCGUACAGAAAGGCCAUCUUCAUCUUCCUCAGCAAUAUCGGGAGUGAGAAGAUCAAUGAGGUGGCUCUGGAUUUCUGGAGGGAUGGUAGAGAACGAGAGGAGAUCAAGCUGAAGGAUAUAGAGACGGCACUUUCAAUCUCCAUCUUCAACAACAAAAACAGUGGUUUCUGGCACACUAGCUUAAUCGACAAUAACCUGGUGGAUUUCUUUGUGCCAUUUCUUCCUCUGGAGUACAAGCACGUCAUUCAGUGUGGUUUGGCUGAGAUGGCCAGAAAGGGUUAUUUGUUCCCAAAUAAAAAGGUGGUUGUAAAGAUGGCUCGUGACCUAAACUACUUCCCUAAAGAAGGGAAGUGUGUCUUCUCCAUGCAGGGCUGCAAGGUCAUUUCCAACAGACUGGGCUUCUAUAUUUAAGUGAAUGAGAUUAAAACAAAGAUUCGGUGGCAAACUUGUUAUUUUCUGUGUACAUUUUCCACAAAACCACUAUUUGUUAACAGGGAUGGACUUGGAGUAAAAAACGGCCCUGGAUUUUUUUUCCCAAAUAGGCCGACCACAACUACAAACAGUCGCUACUAUCUCACAAUUUUACAGCAAUCCUAUUGCAUUUAUGGCAGAUAACAUCACAAAACCCAUGGUGACCCUGCUGACAAAAACAAUAGAAACCAUCACAGAAGUUUGAAUGAUUUCCACUACAAAUACCAUUACAAACAUUACAAACCAUCAACUUUUAACCAUUAAAACCAUUAAAUAAUGGUUUCCUAUAGUGUGUUUUGGGACAUAUUACAUAAGGAUAUAGUAACUAACAAAAGCCAUGAACAGAAGGUGACCAAUUACCAGAAGAGACCAACAGGCACCAUUACAGUUUCCAUUAAAAUCAAUACAAUUUUCAUUAUAACCAGUAAAACCAUUACAAAUUAUGUGAUCCUUUCUAUUUC